AUGGAGCACGUUCUUAACACCCGGUGGAACCGUUACAUGGAAGCGCACCAUGUCUACCCGGACUCAAUGCUUCGCUUCCGGGCCAAGUUGAGAACGCAAGACGCCAUGCUCCUGAUCCAACGAGAAGUCCUUGACCCUCCGGGCGGGACUCCAAAGAAUGACAACCGAGCGAUCUUGGGCCUGGACCUGCAGAGCGCCUUCGACAACGUUAGACACUCGUCGGUCCUGGCUCAGGUGUCCCGCCUGGGGCUGGGCGCAAGAUCGUACAACUACAUCAAAGCCUUCCUUUCUCGCCGCACGGCCAGGCUGGAGAUGACGUGGGACGACAAGCAAAAGUUCCGCGCCAUCGGGCUGUAA